CUUUACCGGAUAACAUGGAUAGAUAUUUUAUUAACAACUUAGUGGGAGAAGGAUCAUUUGGGAAAGUGUACAAAGCAGUUAAUAAGGAAACUAAAAUCACAGUGGCGCUGAAAAUAAUAAGCAAGCGAGGACGAUCAGGUCGAGAUUUGAAAGGUCUGCGGGGUGAGUGCGAAAUUCAACGAAACCUUCAACAUCCCAACAUAAUUCGUAUGUUAGACUCUUUCGAAACUGAAAAUGAAAUUAUCGCCGUAACUGAGUUUGCUAGAACAGAUCUUCACAGUCUGCUUCGUGAUGGCUCACUUGGUGAGCCAAAAACUCAAAAUAUCACGUACGAUCUAGUGUCAGCUCUUUAUUAUCUGCAUUCUCAUCGAAUUUUGCACAGAGAUUUGAAGCCGCAAAACAUUUUAUUAGAUAAAAACAUGACGGCCAAACUGUGUGACUUUGGAUUCGCUCGAAAUAUGACAAUGGGUACACACGUUCUCACUUCUAUCAAAGGUACACCGUUAUACAUGGCCCCUGAACUUCUGGAGGCAAAACCGUACGACCAUCACGCGGAUUUGUGGUCACUUGGUUGUAUAAUUUACGAAAUGUUGGCCGGCGAACCUCCGUUUAGUUCCACUUCGAUGAUCCAUUUGGUUCGAUUAAUUCGGAAUCAAUAUAUUAAAUGGCCAAGCUUUCUCACAGCCAAUUGCAUGUCAUUUGUGCAAGGAUUGCUAGAAAGAGACCCCACCCAUCGGAUGCCAUGGGCAAAAAUAAUAACACAUCCGUUUGUGAAAGGGCACAUUGUGGUUUUGGAACAGGACAUACCUGAAUCACCCUUCACAAACCCGUUAACGGCUUCACAAAGCAAUGAAAAAAGAAAACAAACGAACCGUUUAAUGUAUGGGGAUAUCAUAAAUAACCUGCCUGCUGGAAAUAAACGCCAGGCAGCGGCUACGAAAGCAUCCAAUGAUGAUGAGCUGGCUUCGUCAAGAGAUAGUAUGAAUGUAAUAUUGCAAAGUGACAUGGAAUUUGUUGAAACCGAUGCAGAGGAUUGUGUGGAAGGCACUGUUCGCUAUGCUACUACCCAACAGGAAAUUGGAAAGAAUAGCGCAACAGAAGCCGAGCAAGCAAGGGCAAUCAAUCCAGAUUUCUGCACAAUAGAAUAUCAUCACCCUUUAGGUAACGACGCGGAGUUUAUACAGGAAAAUCCUAAUUUAGUUGUGAAUAACUACAACGAUAACUUUCCUUUGCUGGAUAGGAAAGGGCAAAGGAUAAUUUCUCCGAAUGAAUUGGCCAAUCGACUAAACAGUAUCAAUGUGCAGAACCAAUCCCUUCGAUUCAAAUCCCAAGAGCUGGAACGCAGAAAACUUAGUCAAAAUAUUGACAAUUUCUCAAUCAGGUUAGAGCUGGACAGAGACUCACAAAACAUCAAUAAAAGUUCCGCCGAAGAGCUUCCCGAAAUAGAUAUAAAGACUGAAAAAAUCACACCAACUCUCCUGCCGGGUUGGGAUUCGUGUGAUGAAUCACAAAAUCCUCCGAUUGAAAAUGAAGAAUGGUUGGUAUUCCUCCAGAAAUCAAUGCAGGAGAUUCUUGACGGCGAGUUGGAUUCGCUGAAACAGCAAAACUUUGUUAGUAUUAUUGUAGCACCAUUGAGGAACUGCCGUGCAAGUUCAAAAGUUAUCGAAAAUGUGGCGAAUUUAUUAGGACUACCGCUAGCAAUUGACGCCCCACCAGCAAUCAUUAAUGAUAUCCUCAGCGUCUAUGCAGAACUAAAAUUAGUUCCUAAUCUCGUAUAUGCUUCGAAACUAUUGUGUAAUAAGAAAUUGAAUGCUUCCAAUAGCGAGAGCCAAUCGUGUGACACACCGGCGAACAAUUUGACUCGAUCAGAUGCCUCCAUUCGACAGUUGUCUUCGUUGGAUAACGACGAAGUGAAAACGUUAACGGCAGUUUACGAUCUCAUUUGUUUCCUGGUACAUUCUGGGGAAAACUUUUUGAAUCAAUUUUGUGAUGCAAUCGAGAUUCUUGGAGCAAAGGAACUGUUUGUAAGUUUCAUCAAUGCUGCCCGAACAAACGAAAGCUACGUAAGAUUGAGUUGUUCGAUUCUAGCAGUGCUAAAUUGUGCCUUGCGAGAACUACCGGAAAAUGCAGAAAUUAUUGAACAAAUAGUUUUUCACGAGAACGUGAGUCUGCUGCAUAUGUUGAAUCACGAGGAUGCGAUUUUGAGGCACCGGACCUGCACGUUGCUUCGUAUUCUGGCAAGAUUCAGUUGUUUGGCAUUGCAGAAACAUUGGACCAAUGAGAUCAAAGAAUCUCUAGAAUCUUUGCUGGAUGAUCAAACAUUGGAUGUGAAAACAGAAGCCAAAUGUGUGCUGGAAGAAUUCAAAUACCUUUCGUUUAUUACUGCAGAAACUGCCUAUUAAAAAAUGUUAUUUUAUAGUGCAUG